GCUCACCUUCCAACUUAUCUUCUUAUCACUUCCCGUUCCUCCGCUGGUCGACUACUGCUAUCGCCAUUGCCAUUGUCAUAGCCGCCUCUCACUACUGCUCACCUACACAUCGCCAUCGCCGCUAAGCUAACCGACCAUCUCCUACCACGUCGUGGUCGUUGCAUGUACGCAUGUUGCGCUUCCGUCACCGUCGUCACACAAUCAAUCGCAGGUACGUCUGCCCGUGUUAGAGUCUCUUCCGUCUGUACUCCAGGCCCAACCACCUGGCACCCCGCGCGUGCACGACUCGCCGCCAUCUCCUGGCCGGCCCAAGAGCAAGAGAGGGUUGUGAUCGACGGAUGUUGUACUGCCUCCAAACUUACCGUCCACAAUGUUCGCACAUCUGCGCCGAAACUCAUUUACCCGUUCGUCGGGGUCCCCCGUACAUGUACACCACUUGCCAGGGACUGCGUCUUCUACCCCUAUGUCUCGGACCGCGACAACAGUCCACCGCCCAGCUUCGAUACUUUGUUUUUCUUAUGGGUUGAUCGUUCCUUUCUCGUUCGCAACCCGGUCUUCCGCCCGGUAUCUCGUCCUCCAGCCCAGCUAGACUCUCCGCAAGACGUGGUUACUCCGCAUGAAUCUCUCGCUCUCUCUCUCUUCCUCGCUCUCUGCCUCUACUUCCAAGUGGAUCACGCCCGGGUCCUUCCUUCGCUGCCAUGCGGCCCUGGACCAGGUGUUUCACCUCGUCAGCCGCCGCCGCCGCCGCCUGCUUGAUUAAUUAAAAUACCAGGCCGCUAACAAUUACACCUCACGCAGCUACCCGUCAUACCUUCCCAAUCCUCCCUCCCGCAUCGCAUAAGAAACUCCCUAAGAUUUGCUUGCAAUCACUCCCGCCAGCGCCGCCCCGACCUAGCCACUGAU